CUCGGCAUGAUUCAUCACCUAUUAGCAUUCAAAGCCUCUCAUCUCAACGCAAGAAAGUACAGCAAUUCAGUCUCUCUCAACUUCUCAAAGCAUUCACUCUGAAGUAUUCCCACCAAGAUGAAGAAAACUGCCCUUAUUUUUCUUCUGCUUGUCGCCAUUGUCACUGGACAGGAGAAAAAGUGUUCAGAUGUUGUGCCUCAGCAGGAUUUCCAAGUAGAUUUGUUCCUGGGCAAUUGGUAUGUCAUCCAGCAGACCAAGACUGAAUCGCGCUGUGUUAAGCAUCAAAUAACGCCGCUUGAGAAGGCUGGAGAGUAUCGAAUCUCCCAAGUUUCUCCGCAUUAUCUGCUAGACAAGCUUCACGUGCAACAUGAACACACUUACGCCGGUUUCCUGGUCGCUGAUUCUGUCUCUCCGGCCCGCAUGACCGCUCGCUACGCUCUCAGCUUUGGCGACGAAGCCUACAUCAUCGUCACAACGGAUUACGACACGUACGCCGGUGUCCUUGUGUGUGGAGCUUUGGGCCCCGCGCGGACCGCAACGAUUCUCUCGCGCACACAAAGCCUGUCCGAGCAGCAACUCUACGACAUCCGGCAGAAGCUGGCGGGAUUUGGGGUGAAGAUCAGUGAUCUGAGCACGAUUAGCCACAAAAACUGCCCCGUGGACGGCAUUGAUGGCAUCAACAUCAAGAUUGGCCACGAUCUGCUGUAUCCUGACAGGAUCAGAGAGUCUGCCGAGGGCAUUUUCAAGGACAUCGGCCAAGCUGUUGGCGGAGCGCUGGAAAAUGGAGCGAAGUUUUUCAAUGGUUUCUUCAAUCGAAAAUCGAGAGCCUCGAGGGCAAUUUAAGAGGAGUUUGGGAGACAGCUGAACGAGUCUUCAAUGAAUUAAUAUGAAAUGAUAGCAAAUACUC